AUGCAGGGUUCGCAUAACCCACACGUUCGGCCAAGCGUAACCAUCCCCUCGCCCUCGCUUUCCUUUCCCCAGGUCCGACGCUUCCUCUGUCCGUCACCCUCGUCGUCGCCUUCGCUUCCGCAGCCCGUCGCAUUCGCUUCCCCCGCCCGUCGCCACCUUCGCUUUCGGAUGACCGUUGCCUUUUCUUAUCCCGCCCGUCGCCUUCGCUUCUUCCCCCCCGUCGCCUUCGAUUUCCCCGCGCGUCGCCUUCGCUUCCCCCGCGCGUUGCCUUCGCUUCCCCCGCGCGUCGCCUCACUUCCACCGCGCGUCGCCUCGCUUUCCCCGCGCGUCGCCUUCGCUUACGCGCCCGUCGCCUUCGCUCACCUCCUUCCGUCGCCUUCGUUCCCCCACUGCUCACGCCCUUACUCCCAUGCUCACGCCCUUACUCCCAUGCUCACGCCCUUACUCCCAUGCUCACUCCCCUACUCCCAUGCUCACGCCCUUACUCCCAUGCUCACUCCCCUACUGCCAUGCUCACGCCCUUACUCCCAUGCUCACGCCCUUACUCCCAUGCUCACGCCCUUACUCCCAUGCUCACGCCCUUACUCCCAUGCUCACUCCCCUACUCCCAUGCUCACGCCCUUACUCCCAUGCUCACGCCCUUACUCCCAUGCUCACGCCCUUACUCCCAUGCUCACGCCCUUACUCCCAUGCUCACUCCCCUACUCCCAUGCUCACGCCCUUACUCCCAUGCUCACUCCCCUACUGCCAUGCUCACGCCCUUACUCCCAUGCUCACUCCCCUACUCCCAUGCUCACGCCCUUACUCCCAUGCUCACUCCCCUACUCCCAUGCUCACGCCCUUACUCCCAUGCUCACGCCCUUACUCCCAUGCUCACGCCCUUACUCCCAUGCUCACGCCCUUACUCCCAUGCUCACUCCCCUACUCCCAUGCUCACGCCCUUACUCCCAUGCUCACUCCCCUACUCCCAUGCUCACUCCCCUACUCCCAUGCUCACGCCCUUACUCCCAUGCUCACUCCCCUACUCCCAGGCUCACGCCCUUACUCCCAUGCUCACUCCCCUACUCCCAUGCUCACGCCCUUACUCCCAUGCUCACUCCCCUACUCCCAUGCUCACGCCCUUACUCCCAUGCUCACGCCCUUACUCCCAUGCUCACGCCCUUACUCCCAUGCUCACUCCCCUACUCCCAUGCUCACGCCCUUACUCCCAUGCUCACUCCCCUACUGCCAUGCUCACGCCCUUACUCCCAUGCUCACGCCCUUACUCCCAUGCUCACGCCCUUACUCCCAUGCUCACGCCCUUACUCCCAUGCUCACUCCCCUACUCCCAUGCUCACGCCCUUACUCCCAUGCUCACUCCCCUACUGCCAUGCUCACGCCCUUACUCCCAUGCUCACUCCCCUACUCCCAUGCUCACGCCCUUACUCCCAUGCUCACUCCCCUACUCCCAUGCUCACGCCCUUACUCCCAUGCUCACGCCCUUACUCCCAUGCUCACGCCCUUACUCCCAUGCUCACUCCCCUACUCCCAUGCUCACGCCCUUACUCCCAUGCUCACGCCCUUACUCCCAUGCUCACGCCCUUACUCCCAUGCUCACGCCCUUACUCCCAUGCUCACGCCCUUACUCCCAUGCUCACUCUCUCCCCCUCUGCUCACUCUCUCCCCCUCUGCUCACUCUCUCCCCCUCUGCUCACUCUCUCCCCCUCUGCUCACUCUCUCCCCCUCUGCUCACUCUCUCCCCCUCUGCUCACUCUCUCCCCCUCUGCUCACUCUCUCCCCCUCUGCUCACUCUCUCCCCCUCUGCUCACUCUCUCCCCCUCUGCUCACUCUCUCUCCCCCUGCUCACUCUCUUUCUCCCUGGACUCACUUAUCUUUCCCCCCUGUUUACUCUCUAUUCCCCUUCGUUCAACCCUUUCUCCCCACAAUCCCUCUCACCACCCCUGUUCACACCCCUUGUUCCCCUCUGCUCACUGGCUUUCCCCUUUGCUCACCCCCUUCUCCUGCCUGCUGACUAUAUUUCCCCCUUUGCUCACCCCCUUCUCCUGCCUGCUGACUAUAUUUCCCCCUUUGCUCACCCCCUUCUCCUGCCUGCUGACUAUAUUUCCCCCUUUGCUCACCCCCUUCUCCUGCCUGCUGACUAUAUUUCCCCUUUUGCUCACCCCCUUCUCCUCUCUGCCCACUCUAUUUCCCCCUUCGCUCACCCCUCUGCCCUGUUCACACCUCCCAUACAUGCCCUUCUGUACCUCCAACCUCCAGCCCUCGCUUAUUCGCCAUAUCCCCUCUUCUCUCCCCAUUCCAUCGCAGAACCAUGCUUGUACAUGUGCCCAGCACCAUGGGUCCCAACAGGAGUGGGUUGAAAAGUUUUCACCUCUUAGAUUUGUGCUUGUGCCUAUAGUCCACCCUUGGCGACCUUUAUGGAAACGUAAUUUGCUUUGUUGCACUUGCGGUGGUCAUGUGCAUUUAUGCUCCGAAUCACAUAGUGGUGUAUUAUGA